AUGAAACUAUUUCCAAAGAUAUUGAGCUUAUCUUUUAAUCUUUUGUUUUACCGAAUACCAAAAACGACCUUAAACAUCUGUUAAUUCCACUUAUCUCCAUAAUCAACUUCAUCUGGAGGAGACAUCUGACAUUGCUCAAGCUCUCCGUCGCUCUCUCGUCACUGUAAGCUCUGAUAUUUUUUUUCCCUGCAAUCUGACGGUGGAAGUUCAAUGGAGAACGCGGACGUAUUCUUGGGCCUGCAGGACUUUCUAGAACGCAUGCGCCAACCCUCUGCCGCCGAUUUCGUCAAAUCCAUCAAGAGUUUCAUCGUGUCAUUCUCAAACAAAGCUCCUGAUCCAGAAAGGGAUAGUGCUGCAGUGCAGGAGUUCUUUGGCAAUAUGGAAGCGGCUUUUAGGGCUCAUCCACUUUGGGCUGGUUGUUCAGAGGAGGAGCUGGAGAGUGCCGGCGAAGGACUAGAGAAGUAUGUAAUGACAAAAUUGUUUACGCAUGUAUUUGCAUCAAUUCCUGAUGAUGUGAAAUUUGAUGAAAACUUUUAUGAGAGGACUGCUUUGGUUCAACAAUUUAUUCGGCCUGAAUAUUUGGAUAUUAAAUCAAACUUUCAAAACGAAUCAUCAUGGCUGCUUGCACAGAAAGAGCUGCAGAAGAUAAAUAUGUACAAGGCUCCAAGAGAUAAGCUUGUAUGUAUUCUCAAUUGUUGCAAGGUUAUCAACAAUUUACUCCUAAAUGCUUCCAUGGCUUCAAAUGAUAAUCCCCCUGGCGCUGAUGAAUUUCUUCCUGUCCUAAUUUAUGUUACUAUAAAGGCAAACCCUCCACAGCUACACUCAAAUCUUUUGUAUAUACAAAGAUUCAGGUCUCAGUCUCGAUUGGUUGGAGAAGCAGCCUACUUUUUCACUAAUAUGCUUUCUGCAGAGUCUUUCAUCUCAAACAUUGAUGCACAUGCCCUUUCGAUGGAGGAAUCUGAGUUUGAAAUGAAUAUGGAAUCUGCUCGAGCCCUUCUUUCCGGACUUUCAACAGAUAUGGAUGGUCUUUCUAAUCAAAGUGAUCAAACUGCAGGACAAAUUUCCAGAGAAGAGCUUAUGAAAUUUAAACAUCAGGCACUAAAUUCUAAUAAGGAAACGGAGCCUAUGACAGGGCCCAAGUCUUCUGAAACAAAGUCUGGAAGUAAUAAAGUAAUGUUUGCAAAAGAUCAGGUACCAAUAACUAAAGUUCCAUCCCUCUCAGAGUUGGAAAAUAAAGGGGCAAAUAUGCUUUUGAAGGAGGAUAAGGCAAACAAAAUCUUUCAGGAGUAUCCGUAUUUGUUUGCACAUGUUGGUGACCUUACAAUCAAUGAUGUAGAAGACCUGCUAAAUAAUUAUAAGCAGCUUGUUUUUAAAUAUGUCUGUCUUUCCAAAGGAUUGGGUGGUGCUACGCCCUCACUUCCUUCCUUGGAUUUGCAUAAAGCCCAACAUCAUACUGAAAUUGUGAAGGAAUCUGAAGAUCAUAGAACAGAAGAGCUGAAUGAUGAAUCACAAAAAGAUACUAGUGUCUCAGAUGAUGUUUCUGAUCAAGCUUUAGUUUCUGGCGAAGAUAAUGUUGAAUCCCAGUUGCUAGAGGAUGGGCCAAAUGUACAUCAAGAUGGGCAAAAUGAUGGAACUACUAAAUGAGCAUCUUCUUGAAAGGCAUAUUGUGUAGACUUGUUAAGUCUUCAAUGGGGUGGCCAAGCAGUCAGGGCUCUUUCUUUCUCUUGUCUUCUUGUGGAAAGGUAAUUUUGAUAAAAAUAGCUUUGGCUCAUGGAUACUGGUAUAUGCUAUCUGAAUAUAUAUUCCAGGUGAAUCGUAGAAGUGCAGUUAGAAAAUCAAGGGAAGAUAUGGGAAUAUAGCAUUGAAAGUUUAUCAGAGAUAAUUCCUGAGAAGAUGCAAAUUUUCGGUGCUGGUCACUUCAACUUCUUUUAGAGAUUAUAUCCAUGUAUUGAUGGUGCUACUGUUGUCAUAUAUGGGUGGCUCUGGAUUAAAAGCUGAAAAUGUUGAAAGGAUAAUUCACAGAUAGCUCUAGGGAUGAUUAUAUUUGGGAUGUUGAGGUAUGGCCCAAGCAUUGCAGUCUCAUUUUACCUGUGUUUGACCAAAAACUCUUAAGUUUUCAUCAAUGAACAUGAAAAAUUUUAUUUAUGUAUUGCUAGAAGAUGAAAAUUAAGGAACCACAUUGUUUCAUUGGGAAAGAAACUGGAAAAAACAUAAAUGUAAGUAAAUUUCUCAUAAUUGUUAGAAUAUUUCUCAACAACCUCAAGUGUCAUGCUUAUCACAAGCUUCAAAUUUGCAUAAUAAUUGUUUGUUUCU